CAGAAAAUGGCGUCUUCCUGGGCGGCAUGAUGAGUUUUUACGUUAGAUGUUUGUUUUAAAACAAAGCUCUGUUUUCAAGUUAUUAACCAUAGUCCCCGUUUGAAGAAAUUUAAACUAAUUUACAGCUAUUGACGAGAGUCGCUCUUUCCGUGGACACACAGAACCAUGUCCUCCGAGCCGUCCGGGCCCGCGGUACUCCAGCCGCGGUGGAAACGGGUGUUGGGCUGGACAGGCCCGGUCCCCCGGCCCCGACAUGGACACCGGGCCGUGGCCAUCAAGGAGCUGAUGGUGGUGUUCGGCGGAGGAAAUGAAGGAAUCGUGGACGAGCUUCACGUCUACAAUACAGCGACCAACCAGUGGUUCAUCCCUGCAGUGAGAGGUGACAUCCCGCCAGGAUGUGCUGCCUACGGUUUUGUGUGUGAUGGGACCAGACUAUUGGUGUUUGGGGGCAUGGUGGAGUACGGAAAAUACAGCAAUGACCUCUACGAGCUCCAGGCCAGCCGGUGGGAGUGGAAGCGUCUAAAAGCAAAGGCUCCUAAAAACGGCCCAUCCCCAUGUCCCCGCCUUGGACACAGCUUCUCCCUGAUUGGCAGUCGUUGCUAUCUGUUUGGUGGGCUGGCCAAUGACAGCGAAGACCCCAAGAACAACAUCCCCAGGUAUUUGAAUGAUUUAUACACAUUGGAGCUGCGUCCCGGCUCCAGUGUGGUGGGAUGGGACAUUCCUGCCACCUAUGGACAGCCUCCCCCUCCCAGAGAGAGUCACACUGCAGUGGUACACACAGACAAGAACAGCAGGAAGUCCUGCCUCAUUAUCUAUGGAGGCAUGAGUGGCUGUCGUCUGGGAGACCUCUGGACACUGGAUAUAGAUGCUCUAACUUGGAGUAAACCUUCUCUCACCGGGACAGCGCCUCUCCCACGCAGUCUGCAUUCUGCUACGACCAUCAGAGACAAAAUGUAUGUGUUUGGAGGUUGGGUCCCUCUGGUCAUGGAAGAUGUGAAAGUCGCAACUCAUGAGAAAGAAUGGAAAUGUACUAACACACUGGCCUGUCUGAACCUAGAAACAAUGUGUUGGGAGAAUGUGUUGAUGGACACUCUGGAGGACAACCUGCCCAGAGCCAGAGCAGGACACUGCAGCGUGGCCAUAAAUUCCAGACUGUACGUGUGGAGUGGGAGAGAUGGAUACCGCAAAGCCUGGAACAACCAAGUCUGCUGUAAAGACCUCUGGUAUCUAGAGACUGAGCGUCCCAGUCCACCAUCCAGGGUGCAGUUAAUUCGGGCCAACACCACAUCUCUGGAGGUGAGCUGGGGGACGUCCCAGACCGCUGACACCUACCUCCUCCAGCUGCAGAAAUAUGACAUCCCUCCUACACCUACCAGCAGCGCCACACCUGCCUCUAACCCCACCUCCACCACUGCUACACCUGGAGCCAGCUCCCCCAAGAGCCCCACCCCCAUCGCUACACCACUGGCCAGUCAGGGUGCUCCAGUGUCGGGCAUCGCAUUAGCCUCCUCCCCCACCUCCUUCGUGCAAGGCAGCCCCCUUGCUGCAAGCACAAGAGGACCAGCUGUGUUGAAGGUGGCUGCAGCUUCUGGAUCAAACAGUGGAGCUUCCAUUGUUACUGUACGACAGGCCGCACCUAAAUCCCCUGUCACUGUGACAUCACUUCCUGCUGGAGUCCGCAUGGUGGUACCAACCCAGGGGACAGCGGGGACCCAGGCCACGCCAAUCGGCAGCAGCCCACAGAUGAGUGGUAUGGCUGCACUGGCGGCUGCUGCUGCUGCCACCCAGAAGAUCCCGCCCUCCACAGCCACUGUGCUCAAUGUGCCUGCUGGAGCCACCAUAGUCAAAACAGUAGCAGUGGCCCCCGGGUCCAGCACCAUGCCUGUCAAAGUAGCCUCACCUGUCAUGGUCAGUAACCCAGCCACCCGCAUGUUGAAGACUGCUGCAGCUCAGGUGGGUGGGACCUCAGUAGUCUCCACCCCUGGAAACUCCAGCCGGCCAAUCAUCACAGUCCAUAAGUCUGGCACAGUAACAGUUGCCCAGCAGGCCCAGGUGGUGACCACAGUGGUGGGCGGAGUCACCAAGACCAUCACUCUGGUUAAGAGUCCUCUCAAUAUGGGAGGAACUGGAACACUGAUUGGUAACCUUAGCAACCUGGGGAAGAUGAUGUCUGUGGUCCAAACCAAACCAGUCCAGACUGGAGCUAUUGCUGGUCAGGCUGGGAACAACCCAGUCGCCCAGAUUCUACAGGCUAAGGGCUCUCUACCAGCUGGAACCAUCCUGAAGUUGGUGACCUCAGCAGAUGGUAAAUCGACUACCAUCAUCAGCACCACACAGGCCAAACCCACCCUGCUGGGCAUUCAGGGUGUCACACCGACAACCUCUAAGCCUGGCACUACCAUCAUCAAGACCAUCCCCGUGUCCGCUCUGCAGCAGGGAACUACAGGGGUGUCUUCCAGUAAAAGCCCUAUCACCAUCCUGACCACAAAGAUGGUGACGCCAGCAUCAGGAGGUAAAAUCAUCACUACAGUACCCAAGAUUACCACAGCGACCGGCCAGCAGGGGGUGACACAGGUGGUUCUGAAAGGUGUACCAGGUCAGCCUGGUACUAUUCUGAGGACAGUACCAAUGGGUGGAGUCAGGCUGGUGUCACCUGGCACUGUAGGUUCCAAACCCACUGUCGCCACUCUGGUCGUCAAAGGAAGCACAGGAGUAUCCAGUUUAGGCACGGUGACAGGAAGUGUCUCCACCACACUGGCUGGAGGAAGUGUUGCCAUUGCCAACACCUCAUUGGCAACCCCCAUCACCACCCUAGCAACCGUUUCUACACUAGCCAGUCAGGUUACCACGGCGCAGGCCACAGCAGCGCCCACCCAGGUUGAUAUUUGUAAACACACACACACACACACGCACACUUGCUGCGUGUUCAACUUUCCUUCCACCCAGGUAACUCUCAUUACCACCCCCAGUGGUGUGGAGGCUCAGCCUGUGGUUCAGGACCUGCCUGUGUCCAUCAUGGCCUCGCCUACAUCAGAACAGUCUGGAGCUGCAACUACCUCCACCGUCACAGAGGGUGGGGCCGAGGAGACCUUACCUGGGAUAGUGACCAUGGUGUGUUCUAACCCGCCCUGCGAAACUCAUGACACUGGAACCACCAACACCCCCACCGUGGUCUCAGCUGGGAUGGGCUGCGGUCUUGUCUGUUCCAACCCUCCCUGUGAGACCCAUGAGACAGGAACCACCAACACACCAACCCAGUCUGGACCAGGUUGCACCAUCCAGAGUGUCUGUUCCAACCCUCCCUGUGAGACCCAUGAGACAGGAACCACCAACACACCAACACAGUCUGGACCAGGUUGCACCAUCCAGAGUGUUUGUUCCAACCCUCCCUGUGAGACCCAUGAGACAGGAACCACCAACACACUAACCCAGUCUGGACCAGGUUGCACCAUCCAGAGGGUCUGUUCCAACCCUCCCUUUGAGACCCAUGAGACAGGAACCACCAACACACCAACCCAGUCUGGACCAGGUUGCACCAUCCAGAGGGUCUGUUCCAAUCCUCCUUGUGAGACCCAUGAGACAGGAACCACCAACACACCAACCCAGUCUGGACCAGGUUGCACCAUCCAGAGGGUCUGUUCCAACCCUCCCUGUGAGACCCAUGAGACAGGAACCACCAACACACCAACCCAGUCUGGACCAGGUUGCACCAUCCAGAGGGUCUGUUCCAACCCUCCCUGUGAGACCCAUGAGACAGGAACCACCAACACAGCCACCACCGCUACAGCCCAGCAGGUCAGUGACAGUGGACAGGUGGACAGCAGCUCUACAGACACUGCUGCCUCUUCAGACCCUGCCUGCCCCACAGCCGCCACUCAGGGCAGAGCUGUUACCACGGUAACACAAGCCACACCCGCCCCAGGGCCCUCCAUACCGGAGAUCUCUUUGAUGGUUGGUGAGGAGAGGGCGGAGUCCUCUGAAGCUAUCGCCAUGGCAACAGCUGAAGAAGAGGAGCCUAUGCAGACUGACAACCAUUCAGAAGCUGUGAUGCAGUCAGCAGCCGCCAUGUUGCAUGUGCACGUUGAGGCCAUGGACACUACCCAGACUGAUCAGAUGGGCUCUACUGACAGUGGCCUGCCUCAGGAACUGAUGUCAUCAGAAGGGGAUGGCAGUGAAGACACAGGCGUGGUUUCUGGGGCAACAACACUGAUGGUGACGGGUCUUACCCCUGAAGAGUUGGCUGUCACUGCGGCAGCAGAGGAAGCCGCACAACAAGCGGCCACAGACCACAGCCUAGCCAUACAGGCUGUUCUCCAUGCAGCAAGACAGGCUGUCCUCAAUGAAGGAGAGACUGGUUCUGUGGACCCAUCUGGAACCAUUCCUAUAGUUCUGACCCCGCAGGAGUUGGCCGUCCUGGUCCAGCAGCAGCAGCAGCUACAGGAGGCCCAGAACCAAGCAGAACUCAGCCAGCCCAGCAGCACUGUCCCCACAGAGGGUCUUGCUCCAGCAGACAGUCUGAAUGACCCGGCAGCAGAGAGUAAUGGUCAUGAGUUGGCAUCAGCAGCAGUAACCAGCGCAGUAGCCAGGCUGGCCAGUACAUUUGGUCCAGCACAGACCCUUUCAUCUGCAGCCAGUCCGGCCAAGCAGCAAGCUGCUGCUACACUAGCGGAGGUGGCUAACGGUGUGAGCACCACAGCAGGGAAGCAGGGAGUACCAUCGUCCGUACCAAAGCCCACCGUGAAGAAAGAGAACCAGUGGUUUGAUGUUGGCAUCGUUAAGGUUACCAACAUGGUCGUGACUCACUACUACAUCCCCUACGACGACAACCUGCUGGAUGAUGACUCUGCGUUGAUGCCGGACUACAGCCAGAUGAGGAAGGUGGAGCUCCAGCCGGGGACGGCGUAUAAAUUCCGAGUUGCGGGAAUUAAUACCUGCGGCCGCGGUGCUUUCUCUGAGGUGUCAGCCUUCAAGACCUGCCUGCCAGGAUUCCCAGGAGCACCCUGUGCUAUCAAGAUUAGCAAGAAUCCAGAAGGAGCUCAGCUGACAUGGGAGCCUCCCUCUGUGACCUCGGGGAAGAUCAUCGAGUAUUCUGUCUACCUGGCCAUCCAGUCCAGUCACUCAGACAGCCAGAAACAGACUGGUUCUGGUCCGGCCCAGUUGGCCUUCAUGAGGGUCUUCUGUGGUCCUACUCCAUCCUGCCUGGUCCAGAGUUCCAAUUUGUCCAAUGCCCACAUAGACUACACCACCAAACCUGCCAUCAUCUUUCGUAUCGCGGCACGCAACGAGAAGGGCUACGGCCCCGCCACACAAGUCCGAUGGCUGCAAGAAACUAGUAAAGAUGGUACUAAAGCUGUAGUGAAGCGACCCGGAGCCUCCCCUGAUAUGAAAGGAGCGGGACCGAAAAAAGCCAGAACAGACCAGUAGGGGGAGCUGUUCCCUCUGCUGAUGGCUGGGAAAUGGACCCGAGUUGAAGUCAGCUGAAGACUAACACACUCCCACACCCUACACCAGAACACACAUGCUUCUACAUACACCACAACACACACUCCUGCACACACACAAAGCCAGCUUCAGCAUGGACGUGAACACCAAAGCCAGAGCCAGAACAGACCUGCGUCAGACCACUCUGCAGUACAACCAGCCGUCCCUGUUGGUCACCAUUCCUCCCAGUACCUCCCAGCUAUUGUGCUCCACAGUGGAGGCAAAGGCUGAAGAAUCACAGGGAUUUCAACCUGCAACCAUCCUGGAGUCCAAGAGGAGGUUGAAGGAGCAUCCUUUGGUCAGGAAGACGUUGUCCUCUCCAUUCCCCAGGAAGAAGACUUGUUUGAUGUUUGUUUUUCAGCCAAUCAAAGUCCAGCAAACUCACCAUGUGUUGGUUGUCAUGGAAAUGAAGGGGAGAGCCGUUGAGGAAAUAUCAAGUUCAGUGUGAAUUUACCCCCACCCUCCCACCUGCCGUCUGUCUGCUUCUGUCUGUCUCGUCCUCCAUCUUGGCUGCAGACGGAGCUGAAGAUGGCGGCGGGGUUUGAAUCUGUUCCUGUCUGCGAUUCUUUGGGGAUUUGUUGUCAUGUGACUGUUGCAUCACGAUGGUUUGGAAUGGGCGGCUGGACAACGGCACCAGUCGACUCCUUCAGGCCUGAAGGAGGACGGGAUGUUGGGAGAGUCAUUGAGUGAUGUUGUAAAAUAGUUUUUUCAUGUAGCAGGAAGACUUCAGAUGAAAUGAGCAGGAAGAGAAAUGUCUGUUUCUACCAAGACAAGCUUGAUGUCUUCUGUCUGUUGGACAGACUCGGUUUGUUUUUUUAUGGAAGAUUUGAUGGCUGCCUGUCGGUUCACUGACGGUGUUACCUGCUGACAGGCUGGCUCAUCAGAAAUGUCGUUUCUGCGAAUUUUUGUGGUAUGAACAGAACUGAUUAUUUGUGAAUAUGAAUGAAAAAAUAAAGGUUUUUA